AUGGCUGAGACGACCGCUGCCCCCAGCGAAGCGCCCACUCUCCCAAAUGAGUAUGGGGACUACCACAACUGGUCUGAGCUGUUCCACCUCUUCAACUACACCUACACGUUCUGCGAGUUCAGCCUGGAUGAGAAUGUCAAGCGGGUCGUCCUCUUCAUCCUUUACCUGGUCAUCUUCGUGGUGGGCUUGGUGGAGAACCUCCUCGUCAUCUGGGUCAACUGGCAGACACGGGGCAACAAGAGCUUGGUGAACCUCUACAUCAUCAACAUGGCCAUUGCCGACCUUGGAGUGCUGCUCUCGCUACCCAUCUGGAUGCUGGAAGUGAUGCUGGAUUACACCUGGCUCUGGGGCAGCUUCCUCUGCCGCUUCACGCACUACUUCUACUUCGCCAACAUGUAUGCCAGCAUCUUCUUUCUCACCUGCCUGAGUGUGGAUCGCUACGUGUCCCUGACGAGCUCCUCCCUCUUCUGGCGUAAGCACCAGCACCGGGCACGCCGCAUCAUCUGCGCCUGCAGCUGGGUCCUGGCAGCAGCCAUCCCCUUCCUGGAGGUCGCUCACAUGCAGCUGGUCAACACCGGAGAGCCCAUCUGCAUCUUCAUGGCCCCCUUCGAGACCUAUGACGAGUGGGCGCUGGCAGUCAGCUUGGCCACCACCACCAUUGGGUUCCUCAUCCCCUUCCCCAUCAUCACCGUUUUCAACAUCCUGACGGCCAGGUUCCUGAAGCGCACCAAGCCGGAGAGCAGGAAGCACUGUCUGCUCAUCUACGCCUACAUCAUCGUGUUCCUCGUCAGCUGGCUGCCCUUCCACGUCACACUCACACUGCUCACCCUUGACGGCAACCACAUCAUCCUCCACUGCACGUUCGCUCACUUCCUCUACUUCUUCUACGACAUCAUAGACUGCUUCACCCUGCUCCACUGCGUGAUCAACCCAAUCCUCUACAAUUUCCUAAGCAAAAACUUCCGCAGCAAGCUCAUCUCUGCCGUGGUGAAAUACAUCCCCAAAGACCUAGCCGGCCAGAAAGGUGCAGACAAUUCCUCCUCCACCACACAGCACUCCAUAGUCAUCACGAAGGACAACAACCCCCCCAACUAA